AUGGAGAAAGACUCCUACCCCGGCGACCCACCCAGGGACUCAGAGCAACACUUGCGCUCCUCCACAGCGACAGACUCCACCUCUGAUACGGCAUCCCUUCCUUCAGACCCCGAGGGCGAGAAGUUUGCGCCUAUCCAGACAAACCAGUCCAGCCGCAGUCGUAAUGGGACUCUUACUCGCAGACGCACUGCCGGCGGGGGACCUCUCUCCAACGACGAAAUCACGCAUGCGCUGUCGCAUCGGCAGACAAGCUCCACCUACAAAGGGGAGGAGGAUGAUAACGAAAUCGUCAGGCUGGUAUCCCGGAUGUUCGGCCAUGAGCGCAAGGCCAACUCCGACGAGGAGCAAACGAGACACCAUGGCGUGGUUUGGAAGAACCUUACCGUCAAAGGCGUUGGAUUGGGCGCUGCAAUCCAGCCAACAAAUGCGGAUAUUUUUCUGGGACUGCCGAGGUUGAUAAAGGGGCUUCUUACGCGAGGGAGAAAGGGAACGAGCGCGGGUAGUGCGCCGCUGAGGACGAUUCUAGAUGACUUUACUGGCUGCGUUCGGCCGGGAGAGAUGCUCCUCGUCCUGGGCCGGCCAGGGUCUGGCUGCUCGACAUUCUUAAAAACGAUAGGUAAUCAGCGAUCUGGAUAUAAGAGCGUUGAAGGGGAUAUCCACUACGGUGGGACAGAUGCCGAUACUAUGGUAGACAAAUACCGCUCGGAAGUCUUGUAUAACCCAGAAGAGGACCUCCACUACGCCACUCUGACCGUGAGAGAGACAAUCAUGUUCGCUCUGAAGACUCGGACGCCGGACAAAGACUCACGCCUGCCGGGAGAAAGCCGGAAGGACUACCAGGAGACCUUUCUAUCAACAAUCGCCAAACUAUUCUGGAUUGAACACUGUCUCGGAACAAAGGUCGGUGGCGAGAUCGUCCGCGGAGUCUCAGGCGGAGAAAAGAAGCGUGUCUCAAUCGGUGAAGCCCUGGUUACGAAAGCUAGUGUACAGUGCUGGGACAACUCCACCAAAGGACUUGACGCAAGUACUGCGUCCGAGUACGUGCAGAGUCUGAGGAGUCUGACCAACAUGGCUCACGCUUCGACCCUGGUCGCCCUUUACCAAGCAUCCGAGAACCUGUACAAGCAGUUCGACAAGGUACUGCUGAUCGAGGACGGAAAGUGCGCAUACUUCGGACGCGCAGAGCACGCAAGGGAAUACUUUGAGAACCUUGGCUUCGAAUGUCCCCCGCGAUGGACAACUCCGGACUUCCUGACGUCGGUUAGCGAUGUCAACGCUCGACGGGUGAAGAAGGACUGGGAGGACCGCAUACCCCGUUCCGCAGAGGACUUCCAGCGCGCAUACCGCAACAGCGAAGCCUACAAGGAGAAUUUGAGGGAUAUCGAGGACUUUGAGCAAGAGGUCAAGGAACAUGAAGAGGAACGGGAGGAAGCUCGAAGAAAGGCGCCAAAGAAGAAUUACACUGUGCCAUUCCACCAGCAGGUCAUGAUUCUUACCGAACGGCAGUUCAAGAUCAUGUACGGAGAUCGAGGAACGCUCAUUGGGAAGUGGUCGAUCCUCACUUUCCAGGCGCUCAUCAUCGGGAGUCUGUUUUACAACCUGCCCACCACUAGUGCUGGCACCUUUACGAGGGGCGGGGCCAUGUUCUUCGUUCUUUUAUUCAACGCCCUUCUUGCUCUUGCGGAGCUGACGGAUGUCUUCGCACACCGUCCUGUGAUGUUGAAGCAUAAGAGUUUUUCGUUCUACCGGCCUUCUGCGUACGCUGUGGCUCAGGUCGUGGUUGAUGUACCCAUAAUUUUUAUUCAGGUCACGCUGUUCGAGCUGAUCGUCUACUUUAUGGCCAACCUUCAGAGAACACCGUCUCAGUUCUUCAUCAACUUUUUAUUCAUCUUCACCCUCACGAUGACCAUGUAUUCAUUCUUCCGGGCUGUGGGCGCCUUCUGCGGUUCGCUAGACGUUGCUACGCGUAUUACUGGGGUCGCCAUCCAGAUUCUGGUCGUCUAUACCGGUUAUUUGAUCCCACCUUGGAAAAUGCAUCCGUGGUUUAAGUGGCUGAUCUGGAUUAACCCUGUUCAGUAUGCCUUCGAAGGUAUCAUGACGAACGAGUUCUACAACCUGGACAUCCAAUGUAUUCCGCCACAGAUAGUGCCUGAUGGCCCCGAUGCACAGUCUGGUUACCAGACCUGUGCUGUUCAAGGAAGCACGCCAGACCAGCUGGUCGUCCAGGGUUCAAACUACAUUAGAACGGCCUUCACCUACAGUCGGUCCCAUCUGUGGCGCAACUUCGGCAUCAUCAUUGCCUUCUUUAUCUUCUUCGUGGCUUUGACCAUGCUCGGAAUGGAGCUGCAGAAGCCCAAUAAGGGUGGGAGCUCGGUAACUAUCUUCAAGCGAGGCGAGGCUCCGAAAGAGGUUGAGAAAGCGGUCGAGCAGAAGGAGAAGCCGAACGAUAUAGAGUCUGGUUCUCAGAGCAACCCCUCUAAUGGCGCGACUUCGGAUGAGUCUGGUGAAGGGGUUGAAGGUAUUGCGCGGAGCGAGUCCGUCUUCACGUUCCAAAAUGUCAACUAUACCAUUCCUGUUAGUGGCGGGAAGAGGCAGCUAUUGAAAGACGUGCAAGGCUAUGUCCGCCCAGGGCGACUUACUGCGCUCGUUGGAGCUUCUGGUGCAGGGAAAACAACCCUCCUUAACGCACUUGCCCAACGGCUAGACUUUGGCGUUGUCACUGGAGACUUCCUGGUUGACGGAAAGCCGCUUCCGCGAAGUUUCCAACGAGCCACUGGCUUCGCCGAACAACAAGAUAUUCACGAGCCAACCGCCACUGUUCGAGAAAGCCUUCGUUUCUCUGCGCUCCUUCGCCAGCCCAAGGAAGUUCCCAUUCAAGAGAAAUAUGACUACUGCGAGAAGAUCAUUGACUUGCUGGAGAUGCGGCCCAUUGCUGGGGCCACGGUCGGAGCUGGUGGGACUGGACUGAACCAAGAGCAGCGGAAGAGACUUACCAUUGCCGUUGAGCUGGCGAGUAAGCCCUCGCUGCUGUUGUUCUUGGAUGAGCCGACUUCCGGCUUGGACUCUCUUGCUGCAUUCAAUAUCGUCCGAUUCCUGCGUCGAUUAGCGGAUGCUGGACAAGCGAUCUUGUGCACCAUCCACCAGCCAUCAGCUGUGCUGUUUGAGAUGUUCGACGACCUGAUCCUGCUCAAGAGUGGCGGCCGAACCGUCUACAAUGGCGAACUCGGUCAAGAUUCGUCCAAACUGAUUGAGUAUUUCGAGAAGAAUGGCGGCAAGAAAUGCCCCCCGAAUGCCAAUCCAGCAGAGUACAUGCUUGAGGUAAUUGGCGCCGGAAAUCCGACAUAUAAAGGUCAAGACUGGGCCGAUGUCUGGGCCGACUCAGAAAACUGCAAGAACCUCACCGUUGACAUCGACAAGAUCAUCGAGACCCGCCGGAACAACGAGAAGGAGCGCAACAAGGACGAUGAUCGCGAAUAUGCAAUGCCGAUAUGGACGCAGAUCAUGACCGUCACAAAGCGCUCCUUCAUCGCAUACUGGAGGACACCUGAGUACAACAUUGGCAAAUUCGCCCUCCACAUUUUCACCGGCCUCUUCAACACCUUCACCUUCUGGCACCUAGGCAACAGCUACAUCGACAUGCAAUCGCGCCUCUUCUCCGUCUUCAUGACGCUGACCAUCUGCCCACCCCUAAUCCAGCAGCUCCAACCGCGCUUCCUCCACUUCCGCGGCCUCUACGAGUCCCGCGAGGCAAACUCCAAAAUCUACAACUGGACCGCGUUCGUAACAUCCGCCAUCCUCCCCGAACUGCCCUACUCCAUCAUCGCAGGCUCAAUCUACUUCAACUGCUGGUACUGGGGGAUUUGGUUCCCUAGAGACUCCUUCAGCUCCGGCUUCACCUGGAUGCUCCUCAUGCUCUUCGAGCUCUUCUACGUCUCCUUCGGUCAAUUCAUCGCCGCCAUCUCGCCCAACGAACUCCUCGCCUCUCUUUUGGUCCCCUGUUUCUUCACCUUCAUCGUCGCCUUCUGCGGCGUCGUCGUCCCAUACAUGGCCAUGCCAACCUUCUGGCAAUCCUGGAUGUACUGGCUCACCCCCUUCCACUACCUCCUCGAAGCCUUCCUCGGCGUCCUAGUCCACAACAUCCCAAUGCAGUGCGUCGAGCGCGAGGAAUCCUUCUUCUCGCUCCCCCCGGACCAGAACUCCUGCCAGUCCUACGCGUCCUCCUUCCUCUCCCAGCCAAGCGCAAGCGGGUAUGUCCGGGACGCGGGGAACAACAUGUGCGCGUACUGCCAGUACAGCGACGGCGACCAGUUCGCGACGAACUUCAACGUCUACUACAGCCAUAAGUGGCGCGACUACGGCAUUUUCUGGGCGUUCGUGAUGUUUAACUUUGCCGCGGUGUUUGCCCUCUCGUGGCUUUAUUUGCAUGGUGUUAAUGAUGCGAAGAGGUGGGUUAGUAAGAGGAAGGCGAGGAGGAGUGGGUUGUAG